AUUUUAUUUGUUUUAAUAGCUUGUAUACGUCAAUGGGUUACGGUAUGGAAAGGGCAUUGAAAUCUAGCCUUCGUGUUGCAAUAAUGCUAUGCAUUUUGAGCAUUGCAAAUGCACAAACCGCAUCAAAUGUGAGGGCUACAUAUCAUUUCUACAAUCCAGCACAAAAUGGAUGGGAUCUGAAUGCUGUUAGUGCAUAUUGCUCAACAUGGGAUGCUAACAAACCCCUUGCAUGGAGGCAGAAAUAUGGAUGGACUGCCUUUUGUGGACCGGUCGGACCACGAGGCCAGGCCGCGUGCGGGAGGUGCUUAAGGGUGACUAACAUGGCUACCGGGGCUCAAGCCACAGUGAGAAUCGUUGAUCAAUGCAGCAACGGAGGGUUGGAUUUGGAUUCGGGUGUUUUCAACCGAAUUGAUACCGAUCGACGUGGCUACGCUCAAGGUCACUUGAUGGUCAGCUAUCAAUUUGUAGCUUGUUGAAUCCAAUUAUGACGUUCAUCACCAUCAAAUUUCCAAUUAAAUGCUAUUCCAUCUAUCCCAUAAAAAUUGUCCACAUUGAGUUUUGAAUUUUGUACUGUUUUAUACAAAUUUGAAAAUUUAAUAUGGACUUUUUUUUAGGACGGAAGUAGUAGAAAUUAUGAGUUGUGAUAAAUAAAUGCUACGGGUGAUUCUAAUAGAAACUUAACAAGUUUGGUCAUCAAAUGAUGUCCUAUUGUUGAUUCAGACGACAUGGGUCGUGGUGUAUCAUAAAUUUCCAUUCUGGAAUAUUAAAUAAAUUGUUCUUC